GGCGGGCCACGCGUGUCCCCCGCGGGGGUCGGCGCGUUGCGGCUCGGGGCGCUCGGUGCGUUGUUCCCGGCAGCGUUCCCGGCAAUAUUCCCGGCGACAUCCCUCGCCGCCAUGGAGCUCUCUUGCCAGGCGCUGAGAACCACCCACCAGGCGAGGGAAGCGAUAUGUGGAUGCUGCAAAUGCUUUGGAACAAGAGACAAAAUUAGGUUUACGUGGCUUUGAAGUUUGUGACAACAUUGAUCUUGAGACAAUUUUGAUGGAAUAUGAAAGCUACUAUUUUGUAAAAUUUCAAAAGUAUCCUAAAAUUACCAAAAAGGUCCUGGACACUGAACAUAAACAACAGCUGAGAGGUGGAGGAAGAGCAAGAAGGACAGCAGCUUCUUCUCAGAAUGUACCAAGGGUCAAACAACAGACAGUGCAACGACUAGUGUCAAAAACUUCAUCUGGGAGAAGAGCAGAACCUAAAUCCUCAACCAAGGGGAGCCCCAGACAGAAUAGUGAUGGUGCAGAUACUCUGGAUCAAUCUGAUUUUGGCUUAAGCAUCUCAGGAAUCAGCAAAACUGGAGGAGACAGCUCUCACCCAAGAAAGGGCCAAAUAAUUGACUUCCACAGGAUGAUUCAUGAUGCUGUCAGAGUGUCACCAGAUGGAAUUCCCUUGAACAGCCUUAAUUGUGAUCCAGAUCCAUCAGAACGAUUAUUGAAACCUCUUAGUGCUUUUAUUGGGAUGACUGGUGAGAUGAGGGAACUUGCAAUGGUUGUAAGCAAAGACAUUUAUCUCCAUAAGCCGAAUGUGAAGUGGGAUGAUAUUAUAGGACUAGAUGCAGCUAAAAGGCUGGUCAAGGAAGCAGUUGUUUAUCCCAUAAAGUAUCCAGAGCUGUUUACUGGCAUUCUGUCUCCUUGGAAAGGAUUAUUGCUGUAUGGACCACCAGGUACUGGAAAAACUUUGCUUGCUAAGGCUGUUGCCACAGAAUGCAAUACAACAUUUUUCAACAUAUCAGCAUCCACCAUUGUCAGCAAAUGGAGGGGGGAUUCAGAAAAACUUGUCCGGGUGUUGUUUGAGCUUGCCCGGUACCACGCUCCUUCCACAAUUUUCUUGGAUGAGCUGGAGUCAGUUAUGAGUCAAAGAGGCACUGCUCCUGGCGGUGAACAUGAAGGAAGUCGGCGGAUGAAAACAGAAUUACUGGUGCAGAUGGAUGGCUUGGCCCGAUCUGAUGAUCUCGUAUUUGUUUUAGCAGCUUCCAAUCUGCCAUGGGAGCUGGACUCUGCCAUGCUGCGGCGGCUGGAGAAGAGGAUCCUGGUGGACCUGCCAAGUCAAGGGGCACGGCGGGUGAUGAUCCAGCACUGGCUGCCCCCUCUGAGCAGCAGCGGCGGGGUGGAGCUGAGGACGGAUCUGGACUACAGCCUGCUGAGCCAGGAGACAAAUGGUUACUCUGGCUCAGACAUAAAACUCGUGUGCAAGGAGGCAGCCAUGAGACCAGUGAGGAAAAUUUUCGAUGCUCUCGAAAAUCAUCAGCCAGGUAACAGUAACUUGGCUAUGAUCCAACUGGACACAAUCACAACAGCCGAUUUCCUGGAUGUGAUCACCCACACCAAGCCAUCAGCAAAGAAUCUAAGCCAGAAGUACUUGGCUUGGCAGAGAGAAUUCGAGUCAGUCUGACAGCAAAAAAACAAACCAAGCCCAAAAUCAAAAACCUCCAAGCCAUUUGUCAUCCAAAGUGACCUCCAAAGGAUCAAAUGGUGAUGGAAGAAGGAAGUGCUGUUGUUUCAAGGAAAAAAAUGCAGUGACAAGUGUCAGAGGGAAAUACUUACUUUCAAAAUGGAAGGGUGGGAGAAGGGGUGGUGGUUAUUGUUUAUUCAAAAAGUUCUUGGAAUUAAUGUGAUGGCAGCUCCUAUGCACAAAAGCCCCCAGCCUUAAUUUUAUAUAUAAAGCGUUAAAAGAUUGAUUGAUUCUCAGUCUUUAUUCAUGACAGAUUUUGGGUAGAACUGGAGCAAAGUCUAAAAGCAGACAGACAAUUAGUGUAAUUCUCCAUUUAUGACACUCAGUAGAGCACCACAAUCAGUGUAGCCUUCCCAGCAGAGACCUGCAUCCUUCUUAAGGAAACACAAAAUAGGAGUUUUCAGUGAAA